AUGGAGCACCAGGAAAGUUCGUUCGCUUGCUUGGUGAAUCAACGAACAACUGCUGCAGUUCGAACACAAGCCGGAUGUACAACACCGUUUGAAGUGGUAACUGGAGUAAGACAAGGGACAGUGACAGGUCCCUUGCCGUUCAAUCUCGCCAUCGACGACAUUAUGCGAAGAAUAGUCGACCAGUGUCCUGACGACAUUGUCUUAGCACCUUCAGGGUGCCCCUUGACUGAUCGCGAGUACGCCGAAGAUGUUGUUAUAUUCGCGGAAAGCAGUAUAAAACUUCAACAUGUUGACAGUUAUAAUAUGAGUAGUACGUGUUCACCGGCGCGGGAUUGGCGCGCCGGCGCUAGAUGCCUAUAG